GUUGUGACGUCACAGAGCGUCCAUAGUAACAUUUGUGGAAAGUACGGCGAGUAAGCGCGCUUUUUGUGCAGAGGGGAUAUAGGUGAUCAAGUCUUAUGUAACAUGGUAUAGCUGUUUAAACGCCAGUAGCAGCAUUGUGUAGUUAGAAUUAAAAGAUUGAACACGACCAGAUUUAAAGGAGACAGUUCAGCAAAAUGACAGAAUCAGCGCAGUCCUAUUUCCCUUCCAUUCCACCAAAUGCACCAAAGGCAACAAUAUCUUACUGCAGGUCGGUCCAGGACGCCCCGUUCUCCGCACUGAUGGGGGUAGUAGUCGACGCCAGGAUUCCCGAACGGCACCCGGUCACACCCAGAUGUCGAGUGAGGAAAAUGGUUGGUAGCACGAAUCGUUGGAGACUCCCGGAGUCCUUGGGGAGCGACCUCCUAGGAAGUUCCCAGGCGAUAAAAGCCGUCCACAUGAACUAUAACAACAGCCUGGUCAACAUCAUCACUGCGGAGAGCCCAGUUUUGAAUAUGAACCUGGAUGUCAGUGGACCAUACAAGUUCCGUCAGACGGAUGAUCGACCACUCACGGAGCCUGAGAGAACGUUCAGCCCACAGAGGGUGUCUGUAGAUAGUUUCGCUGUUCCAGUAUCCUCCCCAUCUGUCAGAAUUAGAGGUACCCCCACCCCUCUUGGCCCCAUCAGGAAGUUUGUGCCGUCCAAUGCACGACCAGCGACCCCCAAGGAUAUAUUUCUCUAUCACUCCAAAAAAAGCCAUAGCCUACUGGGACCUGGUAAAAAAGUCCCUGAUUUCGGGUUUGUGGGACCAUUAUCAAAAUAUGAUGUUGUGUUGAAAUGCCUUAACAUGGACUGGGAGCUCCAUCGUCCAUUCCUCCAGAAGGCCGAGGUCCUAGCGGCCCUCGUGAAAGACGCGGAUGGACCAAAGUUCCACAAGUAUUACAGAAGUCCUGCCUCAGAAACACUAGACACCUACAUUAAAAAGAACCAGUUCUAUAGCAACGACUACAAGGAGAUGAGUAACCGGUUGAGUCUGGUGGAGGACCCAGAGGAAGAAGAAAUUAAAGGAGUGAAUCACCCAGCUCAUGUGUCCGAGAAACGGGUCAACAGUGUCACUGUCAUCAAACUGGACUGUAAGGACCCACUGCUCACUAAAACAGCAAUGGCUGUAGCUCUUGGGAAUCUUUACCACGAUGAGGUUGAGGUAGAGGUUGAGGAUGUCGCCAAUGUGUUAGCUUGUGCCUCAGUCCUUGGAUUCAAAGCGUUACAGAAUACUUGUGGUAAAAUGAUGCUGGAGAAUAUCAACCACAGAACCGUCUGUAAAUAUCACUUGGCCGCCUCCAAGUACCAACAGGAACAGGUUGUCCUGGCAUGUGAGAGAUGGUUGGAACUCAAUCUGAUUCCUCAGAUGUCAUGUCAAAUCCAGCUCCGUGAAGUAUCAAUGGAUCUUCUCCAGAAAACUCUGAAGUCUCACAGGUUGUUCACGUUCAAUGAGUACAGUAUUUACCGCCUCCUCUCCUAUUGGCUGUUCCUACAACUCAAUCCUCAAGUUCAACUGAUGCCCUCGCACAGUACCGUUCUGUCUUACUACAACAGUCUUCCAAAGAACUGUGCUCUGGUUGAGAAGGAUGAGGGACAGUGUUAUGCCCCUUUGUUCUCGGCGGUCCGUCUGACCGGUAUCACCGACACCAACCAUAUCCAGGAUAUGCAGAUGAUGAAUAUCUUGCCCCCGUCACAAUUGAUUGAUCUUCUUUCUCAACACUACCACGCACUUCAAAAUGGCGGGGAUAGUUCAAGGUCAAAUGUAGACCAAUUUAAAAAUUUGGCCAAGCGGCAGGGCUUUGUACUGGACAGUUAUCUUCAGGGUGGCGGAGACAUGGGCUCGCUCAGAAACUUCAACGCUUACUCCGUGCGACAGGGCUUCAUCGUCGAUGACGAGCCCCACUACCACUCCGAAGUUCUCUCCCUUCACGGCUUCCAUUUUGAGCUGAAGGCUGUAAGAAGUAGUGCUGGACAUGUUGCUUUUUACAUGCAGCGUCUGAAGCCUGGUGAUCCGAUCCUGAGCUUCCGUCAAUGUGAACGCCACACGUUCUCCAUGCGUCCGGACCGAGAAGUUCGCUACUGUAUCACUGUACAGCAGUACCAGAAGGGAGAUAACUCCUACAAGACCACUGGCAUCGUCAGCCAGAAGUUUGGACUGGGAGAUAAAACUAGCCGAUCGGAGUGCCUGAAAAUGGAGAAGUUGGACAGCCCGGUGUAUGCCACCUUUGCUGUGAUGUUUCCAUCAUCCUGAGAAGAACACCAGUCUGAAAAUCUUUAUAUUAACCCCUAAACACAAUAACACAAAGAAAAUAAAAUUCCGAAUUGAAUAUAUUUCUGAUAUCAUCCAAAGUUUGCUCAAGCUUGCACCCGUCUACAUUAGCCUCUGUUGUGUUGUUUGAAUACUCUGGUUUUGAUGGGAAACAACUCUUUGACUUGCGUGAAGCGUGUACUCUUAUAUGAUGCAUAUUUAAAGGUCAUUCACCUGACUUAAUAGGUAUAUUGUUGUUCAUUGUUACAGCUCUUAGUGUGCCAUUGUAUACUGUGAUAUCUGUUUAUUGUUCUUUAUUGUUGUCAAUGUUGCUUUGUUGUUGUGUUGUUAAAUGCAUUAAUUUUUUCUUGAUUUUCUGGUGAAAAGUGUUCAUUAUACUGAAAUGUACAAGCAUUACAAUAACUAAGUCGACUUCUUGGUUCAAACAUUUUGUAGGUUUGCUUUUGAGUACUUUUCUCAGGUAAUACUAUAUGUAUAAAUGGUGAAUUUAAUACUUCCAGCAUUAGUGCCCAAGUGCUUUUUAGGGUAAAUUUACAUCAAUUUCUUUGAAACGAAAAAAAAUAAUUGUUACAUUUGAUCCUUGUAUUAGAGAAUAUUUUGCCUAUGUAUAUUUUUUUAAUCAUGUGCCAAUUAUAUAUCUGUAUUACAGAGCUCUAUUUCUACAUAUAUAUGUUAUACUGCUGUUGGAUUGCCUUGUACAUUAUAUACGUAUAUUAAAUAACUCACUGCUUAUCUAAAACCAAGGCUUCUCUGAUGUCUGUUAGAACGAUGACAUCUUUCUUGUCGUCACCAUUGUUAAUUGUCAUUUGUUACUUGUGUCAGGCGAUGGACGUCGUCAGCCUACACGCCUUCAUUCAGUGCUGUGUUAACACUUCUACACUUAAGGUAGCACGUGCUGGCGUUUAUUGUUUUAUUUUCUUUUUUUGUAUUUCACUUUCCCUUGAUUUUGUGAUACUGAGUAAGGUGGGAGUCUGUUAUUCAGAGUUUAUAUUUGUUAUUAUAAUCUGCACAGUAUUCUAUACACGAAAUCCCAGAUUGUUAUCAGUCAAGUGUUAAUCUUUCCUCUCAAUUUCUAUUACAGUUUGUGGAAUUUAUCAUAUUAAAGUUAUAACUUAUAUGAAUAGUGCUUUUACCAUGCAUGAAUUUCCUUAUUGCCUACAUUUCCCAGAUCAAUUAAUCUGUUUCAAGCAUGUAGCCACAGAAUCUGUUACAUUGGUUUUGACGAUUGCGGAUACAUGUUGUUUUCUACAUUAUGUUUUAGUUUGAAAAUAAAACUGAAGCAAUGGCUGGGAUUGAUCAGUGAACAAAUUAUCAUUAAUAUAUAAAAUUCAGGACGUUUUGAAUUUCCGAUUAUCUGUGAUACUUGUUUAAGUGGCCAUUUUGUUGUGUAUUUUACUUAAAAGCUAUAUGUUUGUUGUGAAUAAAUUACAAAUUGUAUGA